AUGUGGCUUUGCUGGCUCCUGCCAUGCUCCAUGGUUACUGGAAACUGGGUGGAGCUUACACCGCCGUCAGGUGGUCCGAGAAGACUGAGCAGGAUGACAGCAGUGUGGGACCCUGUGGAGAAGGGAUUGUUCUUGUUUGGAGGCCUGGGGCAAGGACCUGCUGGAGUCAGUGGAUGGGGCUACCAAAAUUACCUGUACUUUUACAGUGUCACCUUGAACCUUUGGAGCAUCAAGUCGAGCGAUGGGGCGCCAGUGGAGCGCUUCCUCCACACAGCGGUGCUGGAUCCGGUGGACAGGGUGAUGUACGUCUUUGGAGGUCAGAACGAGAGCGUUAACAGCAAUGAUGCGCAGUCGACCUUCACGGACUUAUUUGCAUAUGAUGUGGCUAAUGACACUUGGACGGAGCUGACUGGCAGCAAGCCACGCUCCAGGCACACCGCAGUCUGGGACAGUAACUCACACCUCAUGAUCGUUUUCGGUGGCAUUUCUGACGAUCCCACCUUUAAAUACGAUGACGUGGAAGUGUAUGAUCCAGGCAACGACACCUGGACCUCCCCUGCUGUGUUAGGGGCGAAGCCAGUUGGGCGCUUCGGGCAUAUGGCAGUCUGGGAUUCGGUUUCGAGCGUGAUGCUGAUGUGCUGUGGACGUGCAGGGAAAAACGUUUUCAUUCCAUUUACCAACAUGACAGACCAGACUUACAACGAUUUGUGGAGCUUCUCCACACAGUAUGGAUGGACACUAUUGGUGGCAUCUGGCAGUUUUACCCAGCGAAGGGACGCUGGGGCAAUUUGGGAUUCAAGUGCUCGCAAGUUCAUUGGAUACGGAGGUCAGUAUGAAGCGGACGGAAGCAUGAACACACUGUUCAUCUACUCGAAUGAUUCUGACUGGAGCGAGUAUGCACUCAGCGGGCCCGUUGGCAGCUACGGGCAUGCAAUAUGCUGGCUUCACUACUUCAUCCAGCGCGACUCUCAGUUCCACAAGCACCAGCAAAACGUCCAGUCGCACGACAUCCACCACGAUUUCACGAACUUCCACUUCAAUAGUCUCCCUGACAUCCUCGUCGACUACGCAGACCCGAUCCUCCACCCACAGCACCACAGUCACCACUUCUGGCACGAUUUCCAGCUCCACGACGAGAACCCAAACUUUUAUCUCCACAUCUACCCUGUCCACCUCGCAAACGUUGACCACCACUUCGGGGAGCAGCAGCACCACGACCACUUCGCAAACUGUGACGACCAAGUCGAGCAGUGCCGGAACAAGCAGCACGUCAUCAAGCUCAUCAGGAACAACGCCUCCCCCUACAUCUACCCCAGCACUUACUUCAUCUUCUACCUCAACAUCAUUGACCACCAGCUCGGCCUUCUGUCCCUCCUCGAAGAUACAUCGGUGACUGCGAAUGCCUCGAAUGCUUCCAGUCGAGUUCUCGGCUAUGUCUUCGCAGAGGAGAAAGAAGCCGCGGUGCACGCGUGGGCCUUGGACCCUUCCUCUUCGGAUGCCCCGCUGACAUCUGUACUGACUUUGGAUGCAGACACCGUGGGCCUGGCUGUGCCUCCAGAGUCACUGGCGCAAGUAGCAGAGCUGGCAGCCGCAGUCGGUGGCGACCAAGAGGUAGUCUUGCUCACCAUCUCUACUUUUCCGGCCACUUCUGCACUCAAUGUGAGCCAGCGCGCCCUCGUCGCAGACCCGGUGCGCGUGAACUUCCGAACAGCGGGAGGCGAGCGCCUUCGGGUGCAGGGAUUAAGGCAGCCGCUGGAGUUGAGGUUUCAGUAUGUGGCGGCUGCCGAGGGCGGCCGUCAACUCCAGUGUGCAUACUGGGACGAAGAGAAUAGCCGCUGGUCACGAGAUGGCGUUCAAGGUUUCGAGGGCGCGGACGAGUUUGUUUGCCUGGCCAACCACUUGACCCUCUUCGGCGUUGUCCUGGAUGCAGUGGCGCAGGCUUUCCGCUGCUCCACAGCAUCGGACGUUUUGUCAGCAGCCAGCUUCCAGAAUAUGAGCAGGACUCAGUGGCUUGCCUACCCCGCAUCGAUCUUCUCCUUCGUCUUUCUUGGGAUUUUCCUGGCUGCCAGAGCUUUGCCUCAGUCGGAUGUGGAAGCCGUCCUUCUGGUGAACCGCGCCGAGAAGAAGGUGACAUGGGAACCGGAUUGGCGGAAGCACCGUCACAGUGCAUUCUGCUGUUGGUGUCUUGCCAAGGCCUGCGACGGACUCGCCUGGCUAGUAAGCACUAUCUUCGAGUUCCAGGCCACCGAUUCGCUCGCUGAGUUCGCGAAGCCACAGGAGGCUACUGUGAGCCGAUGCAUAGCAUUGCUUCACUCGCAGAAAGCAGGAGCUGACCGGAAAAGCAUCUCGGCAGUGCUGACAUCGAGCGGCGAGCGAAAGCUCCGUCGUCGGGGUGCUUCAGAGAGUCCGCACAGCAUUCAGGGGGAGCAGAGCACCACCUCCAAAGCAACGCAGGCCACUGCGGCGAUGGUCCAGUCUUGGGAUGUACACUCUCAUGGUGUCUGGGCGGUGAAUCGGUACCUGUCCGCCUCGUGGUGUCGACGGGUGAUGAUUCUGUUGCCUUGCUUACACCCUUGGGUGACGCUUGCACUGCUGAGCCUCUUCAAGUCUCAUACGAUGCGAGCUGCCUUGGUCGUUUUGAAACUUUCAACAUCUGCAUUUGCAAAUGCCCUUUUCUUCACUACUGCAGCACAGGGGGCAGACUCCGACGACGAAUGCGCAGAACAAGCCUCGCUGGGUCAGAAGCUCUUGACAGCUACUGUCGUGGGCAUUUCCUCUGCGUGCAUGAGUGAUGUUCUAGUCAUCUGUCUUGCCCUGCUUCAGCGACGCAGAAUUCUAAUCAGGGAACUCUGGACGGAGGAGAUGAAGGCCAGGCAAUUACGUCGCUGGCGCAUCAGGCAACGACUCUUCUGGUGUGUUUGGACUCUGGCUUUUGUCUUCUCUAUCCUCUACAUAUUGUCCUUCCUUGCCAAUGUAAGUGAAGCAGAUGCUGCAAAAUGGCUGGAAAGCAGUGGGGUCAGUUUUCUGCAAGACCUUUUGCUCAAACCCGCGCUGAUGGCCAUGGGCUAUGCGACGCUAACAACCUUCGUUUUGUGCUGCUCUCCGCGUGUAAAAGAGGCGAUAUUGAUUCAGUGGAUACAAGCAGAUGAGGAUGUCGACGAAAGCGUGGCAGAGGACACCGUUAGUGUAAGUCUUAGUUUUCCUGCUGGAGAUUCGAUUGGUGUGGAUGAGACCGAGUCAGAUCAUGAAGAACUCGUCCAGUCAACGUUUCUUGGAGAUCCGGCUGGUUUGGAUGAGACCGAGUCAGAUCAUGCGGGAAUCGUUCAAACAACGUUUUUCGGAGAUUCGGAUGGUUCGCAGGAGACCGAAUCAGCUCAUGAAGAGAUCGUGAAAAAAACCUGGCUUUGA